GUUGUAAUUAAAGAUCUUCUAUUCCAUAUAACAUUAUAUAGAAACUGUUGGUUUGGAAAAGUAAACGACGUCGUUCAAAGAUCUGUUAAAAAAUUUCUGGACUGGGACUUUUCGGAGUCCAGCAGUCUAUUUCUAAAUGGCCUCGUUCCCUCCGCCGGCGACGGCAACGCCACCACAGGCCGUCGAUUCGAAGCCCGUCAACCUCUUUUUCAAAGGGUUAAAACCAGCACAACGGCAAGGAAUGUCUCGUUCCCUGGCCAGAAAUUACCAAGGCCAACUCUCCAUUCUCGAUGGCCUUGUGAGUGCAAGCACCUAUGCUUCAGUCCUCGAGCCCUGCGACGGCCCAACUCACGGAAAACAAGUCCACGCUCACGCACUUAAAAUGGGCUUUCGCGAUCAUGAGUUUGUGCAGACCAAAUUGCUCCAGAUGUAUGGAAGAUGUGCCUGCUUUGAAGAUGCAGCUCUCGUGUUCGACAAAAUGCCGCUAAGAAACUUGUAUUCAUGGACAGCCAUUCUCGGCUUGUAUGUCAGUCAUGGCUUGUUCGAGGAAGCUCUUCUUCUGUAUAAAGAGUUGUUGUCUGAGGAUGUUGGGUUGGAAUUCUUUGUAUUUCCUGUGGCUUUGAAAAUUUGCAAUGGUCUUGGUUGGAUAGAAUUGGGGAGGCAGUUACAUGGGGCUGUGUUGAAGAAUGGCUGUGUUUCCAAUAUAUAUGUUGGGAAUGCUUUGAUAGAUAUGUAUGGAAAGUGUGGAAGCCUCCCUGAGGCCAAGAGAGUGUUCAACUUAAUGCCCAGUAGAGAUCAUGUUUCAUGGAAUUCCAUGGUUACUGCUUGUGCCGCCAAUGGCAUGGUCUAUGAGUCAUUGGAGGUUUUGGAGAAGAUGUCAGAUGGAUCAGCACCAAAUCUUGUUUCUUGGAGUGCUUUAAUUGGUGGGUUUUCACAGAAUGGGUAUGAUGAGGAAGCAAUUGCGAUGCUGUACAGAAUGCAAGCUGCAGGGUUUGAGGCCAAUGCACAAACACUGGCAAGUGUUCUUCCUGCUUGUGCUAGAUUGGAAUUGCUGAGUCUUGGGAAGGAAAUCCAUGGCUAUAUUACAAGACAUGGAUUUAUGAGUAACCCUAUUGUUGUCAAUGGAUUGGUUGAUGUGUAUAGGAGGUGUGCUGAUAUUGGGACUGCUGUCAAGAUCUUUUCAGAAUUUUCCACAAAAAAUGUUGUGUCGUUUAAUACAAUGAUUGUUGGGUACUGUGAAAAUGGGGAGAUCUCCAAGGCAAAGAAGUUGUUUGAUCAAAUGGAAUUGGAAGGGAUUAGGAGAGAUAAAAUUUCAUGGAAUUCAAUGAUUUCAGGGUAUGUGGAUAAUUUCAUGUUUAAGGAAGCUCUGAGUAUGUAUAAAGAAUUGCUUAUGGAGGAGGGUAUUCAACCUGAUUCUUUUACGUUAGGGAGUGUCUUACCUGCUUGUACUGAAAUGGGUUCUCUAAGAGCAGGAAAGGAGGUACAUUCAAAUGCCAUUAUUAGAGGCCUGCACUCUAAUCCUUUUGUUGGGAGAGCAUUGCUACAGAUGUACUGCAAAUUUGAAGACCUAAACGCUGCUCAGAGGGCUUUUGAGGAAGUCAAUGAAAGGGAUGUAGCCACGUGGAACGAACUGAUCUCGGGUUAUGCUCAUUGCAAUCAGAUUGAUACAAUUCCAAAUAUUCUCCAAAAAAUGAAAGAAGAUGGCUUUGAGCCAAAUGCGUACACAUGGAAUGGAAUUAUUGCAGGCCAUGUUGAAAAUGGCCACUAUAAAUCAGCAUUGCAGCUGUUCACCGAGAUGCAAAGUUCAAAUCUCAGACCUGAUAUUUAUACAGUUGGGAUCGUUCUGCCUGCAUGCUCAAGGUUGGCAACAAUUGAAAGAGGGAAGCAAGUGCAUGCACAUGCAAUCAGAAGUGGGUAUGAUUCAGAUGUCCACAUUGGAGCAGCCCUUGUGGAUAUGUAUGCAAAAUGUGGGAAUAUUGAGCAUGCAUUGUUGGCCUAUAAUAGGAUCUUACACCCUAAUUUGAUUACCAAUAAUGCCAUGCUAACUGCAUAUGCUUUGUGUGGACAUGGAGAGGAGGGAAUUACUUUCUUCCACAGAAUGCUGACAUCCAGUUCCAGACCCGAUGCAGUGACUUUCUUGUCAGUUCUUUCUUCUUGUGUUCAUGCAGGAGCAGUAGAGGCUGGAUGGCAAUUCUUCAACUUGAUGGCCUAUUAUCAUGUAAUACCCACAUUGAAACAUUUUACCUGCUUGGUUGACCUUCUUAGCCGCGCGGGCAAGCUGGAUGAAGCGUACAAAGUUGUCAUAGAAAUGCCAAUGGAGCCAGACCCUGUGAUUUGGGGUGCCUUGCUUGGGGGCUGUGUGUGCAGAGGUAAUGUUGAUUUAGGAAGAAUUGCAGCCGAGAGGCUCAUAAAACUGGAACCUGAAAAUACAGGGAAUUAUGUUAUGCUGGCAAACUUAUAUGCCUUCGCAGGGAGAUGGGUGGACGUGGCUAAAACAAGACAGUUGAUCAAGGAUAGACAAAUGCAGAAGAAUCCAGGAUGCAGUUGGAUUGAAGAUAGAAAUGGAAUUCAUGUUUUUGUUGCUUGUGACACAUCUCACUCCAGAACUGAGGACAUUUAUACCACUCUAGAUCAUUUGAUAAUUCACAUGAGAACACCAGUAGAAUGGACACGUAGCUAA